UACCAAAGAAACGCCUUCUUCCUUGGCGCCUGGUUUUGAAAUGCCUGGAACCAGAUAAGACAGGUGUGGCUAGACACACAACGUAGCUUGUUUAUUAAGAAUCGCAAUAAAAUUUGCCUUUGAUAGCAGCUGGAAACAUCAGCCGCGAGACACUGUCCUAGGAAAGCCCGACGCUCGACAUGGAAUCGACCGUGUUGAACCUGCACAACCAGUUCCAGAGUCUGCUUGCACACUCCGAGAUUCUCAUUGAGGGCAUCGAACCACAGUUCAUCCAGAUGGCUCUGAACUUUGAGGACUGCAGGCGGAAGUGGCUCCAGUGUGAUGAGACGCUUGGGGCAUGCAAGGAGGUGCUGACCAAAACGGAGACUGAGAGGGGGGCUCUGGAGGUCAAGCUGAAACACGCGCGGAACCAGGUGGACGUGGAGAUCAGACGGCGCCAGCGGGCUGAGUCUGACUACGAGAAACUGGAGCGUCAGAUCCAGCUGAUCCGGGAUCUGCUGGUGGCAGAUGGUUCCAGCAGCAGCCUCCACCUGAGCGAGGAGCAGCGCUCGGCCCUGGCCUUCCUCAACGCCCAUUCCCAGGCCGCACAGGCCGCCAAGAACAACACCAACCUCAACAACAGCCGCAGGUUAACCACUAUAGAUGAAUCUGCUUCCUUGUUGUCAGACAUUAGCUAUGACAAAACGGAUGAUUCUCUGGACUCCUCUGUGAUGAGGACAGUGCGACUGAGGAAGCGCCAGAAAAGGCGCUCUUCCAGAAACCUUGCUGAGCCCCAGCAGGAGAUGAAGAAACCCCGCUCCAGUGGCCGACCAUCAGAGAGGAUGAAUGACUCCAUAGUGACCAAAACCACCAUCACAGUGCCCGUCAAUGGAGGUCCCGUGGAGGCCGUGUCCACCAUCAAGACAGUGCCCGGAUACUGGACACGCAGCAGGACUGAUCCUCAGGGCUGGGACAGUACCACUACUAUUGACCAAUCAGAGACGGCUAGCGAGGCACCCAGCACCCCAUGCAGUGAGGCUCCGCCCCCACUCAAAACACCCAGAGCCAAAGGCGGGGUCCGAAAGCACGAAUUCCUUGCCAAAACGGUUAUCAAGUCAGAGUUCUGCGUGCCCUGCGGAAGGAAGACCAAGUUUGGAAAGCUCUGCCUGAGGUGCCAGGACUGCAGGAUUGUGGCUCACCCCGAGUGCCGUGAUCGCUGCCCACUGCCGUGCAACCCUGCCUCCACAGGCAGCACACCCGUCAGGACCAGAGAGCCAAGCACCCUUGCAGACUACGCUCCCUCCUCCUCUCCCAUGAUCCCAGCCCUAGUGGUCCACUGUGUCAAAGAGAUCGAACACAGGGGUUUAAAUGAGACGGGUCUGUACCGUGUGUCAGGCGAGGGGCGCACAGUGAAGGAGCUGAAGGAGAGGUUCCUGCGGGAGAGGACAGUGCCGGCCCUGGCCAAGGUGGAUGACAUCCACUGUGUCACGGGCCUCCUCAAGGACUUCCUGAGGAACCUCCCUGAGCCCCUCCUCACCUUCCGCCUCAACCGCGCCUUCAUGGUGGCUGCAGAAAUUCAGGACGAUGACAAUAGCCUGGCGCUGAUCUACCAGACCAUCAGUGAGCUGCCCCAACCCAACAGAGACACUCUGGCCUAUCUAGCCAUCCACCUGAAGAGGGUGGCCCGGUGUGUACUAGAUACCAAGAUGGACGUCACCAACUUGGCCAGAGUGUUCGGGCCCACCCUGGUAGGCCAUGCCGUCCCAGAACCAGACCCCAUGACCAUCCUGCAGGAUACCAACAGACAACCAAGGGUGAUGGAGCGCUUGUUGGACCUUCCUCAUGAGUACUGGAGCCAGUACACAGUGGACCAGCAGGCCCACGCGGACAACAUGGUCAAGGGCAAUGCUAACUGCUACAACACUCCUGACCACAAAGUGAGCAUGCUGGGGCCAGUGACCACUCCAGAACACCAGAUGACCAAAACUCCCUCCUCCAGCUCCCUGUCCCAGCGAAUGAAGAAGACCCUGUCAAACACCACCAUAUUUGGAAGCAAGAGCAAGGCAUCUUCUAGCUCAAGUCGCCAAGGAGGCUUUUUUGCCUCCCCUCAGCUGAAGUAGUGGUCAAGCCACAGUAUUCAGGGAAACGAUUACAAUUUUACUCAUUUUGUUUUAUACUCUUUUUCUAAAGAACCAAUAAUGCAGUAAUGUGGUCAAGGAGAAAAUCUGUUCUUAACUUUAGCUACUGUAUAUAAGUGGCAGGUAGCCUAGCGGUGAAGAGCGUAGGGCCAGUAACUGAAAGGUUGCUGGUUCGAAUCCACGUGCCGACUAGGUGAAACAUCUGUCGACAUGCCCUUGAGCAAGGCACUUAACCCUAAUUGCUCCUGUAUGUCACUCUGGAUAAAAUAAUCUACUUAAAUGUACUGUAUUUCAUACACUUUUAUAUCACACCCUUUAAACUCUUUUAUGAACCAUGCAAUACUUGAUUUAGCUUUAAACUAACUGCUGCUAAUAACUUUAUGUAACGUUAAACUAAAACUCUAUUUUAUUGAUAUUUUAUGCUAUAAAAUGUUUAUCUCCACUUUUGUGGAAUAUGUUUGUACUUGUGAUGACUAGGGCCAGGAGUUUGGGGCACUUUUUGUGGUGUUGUGCUUUAACCAUUUAUUUCCAGCAUUAUCCACUAGGUUUGCUGCACCUAGAAAAUCCUAGGAAAUGUUAUUCAGUUGACACAAGCUGUCUCCAAUCAAUCAAUAUCGGGUUGUGUGUGUUUCUCGGUGUGUGUGUUUCGGUGGGAGGAUCGCCUUAGACAUGGGAGCCGCAGUGCUGUGAAUCUUAAUUGCACAACGCCUUUUAUUUGGCAGGGAAUACUAUUUGUAGAUCAUUGAUUCUACACUUCACUUUUCUCAAGUGGAUCGAAUCCUCUCCAACGGACUCGGAAAUUUUAGCAUUUAUUUUUUAAUUAGGGUCAGUUAAAGGGGAGUCUUUGGCUGCUUUUACACAGACAGCCCAAUUCUUGUCUUAUUUUCACUCAUUGGUCUUUUGACCAAUCAGAUCAGGUCUUAAAAAAAGAUCUGAUGUGAAAAGAGCUGAUGUGAUUGGUCAAAAGACCAAUUAGUGGAAGAAAAAAAUAUCAGAAUUGGGCUGCCUGUGUCAACACAGACAAUGAAACCAACCAUGGAAGUAUAUUGUAAUGAAUUUUGGGUGGAAACCGGUUUAAUUGAUUCUCCCCUUUUCAACUGCCCAUAAUGGAUCCAUUUUAAGCUUUAACUUCCGAGUCGGCUGGAGAGGAUCAGCAUGAGAAAAGUGAGGUGUAGAAUCACUGAUCUAGAAAUACUAUUCCCUGCCAAAUCCGUUUUGUACGAUUUAAAAAAAAAAAAAAAAGUUAUUUUUAUUUUUUAUUUUAACAGAGCUACGCCUUCCCCGCCACACACGCACAACCAGACAUUGAUUGAUUUUGAUUGGAAACAGCUUGUGUCAAUUACAGAACACUUCCUACCCGCAGCAACAUUAGUGGACAAUGCUGGAAAUACCAGUAAGACCACAGGGCCUCAAAGUUCCCCAAAACUUCUGGCCGUUGUGAUGACUUAUCAGUAUGGUCCAAUCUGUCUACUAAUGGAAGUCUAUAUCCACCCAUGAAUACAUGUGACUUUGCUGCUUCAUCAAACCAAGGACCUUUGUUGACUCUUCUCUGUGAAUUGAUCAGUUGACCACUAUACAGUACAUACUGUUGUGUAAAGCCUAAUCGUGUGUACAUUAUCUAUUGAUAGUUGUUCUCCUUUUUAUACUGUGAUUGUAAUCAGAGUUAGUGGUAGACUAGCGCUGGAUUGGACCAAAA